UUUUUCUACUACACACAACCCCAUCCAUAUCCUGCUACAAACUUAGAGAGAGAGAGAAAGAAAUGUGAAAUCACGUGAUAUACACCGCAUCCUCCGUAAACUUAUCCGUAGCCAUCCAUCCCACACCCAUCAUCAAAUCCACCACCCAAACCUAUACCAAUCCACCCAAACUAAACACCUCCUCCUCCAUUCCAAAGGGAAAGGAAAAAAAAGAAAAGAAAAGAAAAGAAAUCAAAAUGUCCACAGCCGCGAAAACAACCACAACCUACCGCGCCCUCCUCCGCGAACUCCCCCGCCGGACCCUCUCCACUCCUACUCCUCUCCAACACCGCCUCCGCGACAUGUACACCACCACCAACAACCAGGGUGUUGUGGACGCAGACGCACAAGAAUCCCUCCGCCAACAUCGCCUCGACCAGGCAAACCAGUUCGCUAUCUACGCUAAAGCCCAGCGCGUGUAUGCCGAGCUCGUCGAGAGAUAUAACCCCGGUACUACCCUCGAUGAGGAGGAGAGGAUUCGGUUGACGGCUAGGCGGGUCGGGUGGGAUUUGCCUGUUGAGGCGGGGAAGGAGAAGGAUGAGUGAAUAGAUUGAUAUAUGGUUGGGGUAGAUACUUGAGGUGGGGAUGUAUGGAUAGGUGGAUGGAGGGUAGAAGAAGGUGGGAUAAAAUAUGUCAUGGGUGGAGUUUUGGGUGUAUAUUUUUUUUUUUCUCUAAAUUUGUGAGUCAUUUGUGGCUUUUGUGUUGGGAUUAGGGGGGUUUUGUAUGAUAUUUUGUAUGAUAUGGUCGGGGAGAGGGUUGUAUUAUAGAUAAAAUAUGAUGAUUGAUUUUGAGGGUCUUUUUAGAGGGGCGUUGUUGAGAUGGUAUGAGGAAGUUCUGUGUUGUUGUAGAGUUCAUUAUUAAUUGUAUUACUUUGAACUAUGAUGUCUUCUCUGACUGACUGAAUGGGC